UACUGUGUUAUAUUUUAUAUUUUUUAUUAACACGUUAUUUACAAUAAUGUAAUGGGUCCAGCUGACCCCGUCUCUCUCUUAUAAAAUCGUUUUGCCCACCCAACGUGAUUACUAUGAGAUGGAGAUGUAGAGCGAGUGACGAGGUCUAUACAUCCUGCUUUAUACGAGAAUUUCAUUCUGCUGCCGCUAGUGGGCGCGAUUCCUCUCGACCUUCUCAUUGAUCUUGGAAAGCGGGUUGCUUCUGCUUUGCAACUAGCAUACAAACACAGGGACCUAAAUCGUGGUUACACAGAGCUAGCGGGCCUGUGCCCUCCUUGUGUCAUAAAACCGGAGCAUUACAGCACAGUAUAACCAUUCACACACACACACACACACACCGACACCGACACCGACAAAGCAUCCUACCGGCACACACACCGCUGAAGAAAGGCUGCAUCGGACAUUACUGCACCAAACAGGACGCUGCAAGGAGCCGAGGACAGACACGCAGACACCCAGGACAGACAUAUUGACCCAGCCAGAGACUCCUGUCCAACCUGAGACUCAAGCUUCCUACUAAAUGGCUGAUAAGCAAGUCAGUUUGCCUGCGAAGCUGAUCAAUGGUGGCAUCGCUGGGCUGAUCGGGGUCACCUGUGUCUUUCCAAUCGACCUGGCCAAGACUCGCCUGCAGAACCAGCAGAAUGGGUCCCGCCUCUACAGCAGCCUGUCGGACUGCCUCCUCAAGACUAUCCGAUCGGACGGGUACUUCGGGAUGUAUAGAGGGGCCGCAGUGAACCUCACCCUGGUCACCCCAGAGAAGGCCAUCAAGCUCGCAGCCAACGACUUCUUCAGAGAGAUGCUCUCCAGGGAUGGGCAGAAGCUGACCUUGCUCAGGGAGAUGCUGGCGGGGUGUGGUGCAGGGACCUGUCAGGUGAUCGUCACCACGCCUAUGGAGAUGCUCAAGAUACAACUGCAGGACGCAGGGAGGAUAGAGGCUCAGAGGAAGUUGAUGCCACAGGCUGUAAACUCCGCCCCCGCUGGCACUGUUGCCACGGAGAUAAAGAGGCCCCAGACCGCCAUUCAGAUCAGCAGGGAGCUGCUGAGGAGCAAGGGCAUCGCGGGGCUCUACAAGGGCCUAGGGGCCACGCUGGCCAGGGACGUUCCCUUCUCCAUCAUCUACUUCCCCCUGUUUGCUAACCUGAACAAGCUGGGGCAGAAGCACCCCGACACCAAGGCUCCCUUCUACGUGUCCUUCCUGUCGGGCUGUGUGGCUGGGAGCACCGCGGCCGUGGCUGUGAACCCCUGCGACGUGAUCAAGACGAGGCUGCAGUCUCUGCAGAGAGGAGCUCAUGAGGACACUUACUCUGGAGUCGUGGACUGUGUCAGGAAAAUCCUUCGCAAGGAGGGUCCCGCUGCUUUCCUGAAGGGGGCGUACUGCCGGGCGCUGGUCAUCGCGCCACUCUUUGGCAUCGCGCAGGUCAUCUACUUCCUGGGGGUCGGCGAGGUCAUCCUAGACUUCCUGCCCCACGGGCGACACGACUAACUGCCCGCCCCACCUCCUCUACCGCUGACCCUCCCACAACCUCACCCCCCUCACCCCCCUCCUCUACCCCUCUCACCCCCUCACCCCACCCCACCCCCACCCCCUCACCCCCGCGCCCCAGGCCUGCAGGGAGAGGGCAACAGGAAAAGGGAUCCGACACUCCCCUUUCAGGUGUUACCCAUUACCUUUGAGUUCAUUUGAAAGCUGUCGGUCGACCAAUAGCACAUCACACGAUUCCGAAGCGAUUCCGAAGCGGUUCCGAAGCGAUUCCGAAGCGGUUCCGAAGCAGUUCCGAAGCGAUUCCGAAGCGGUUCCGAAGCGGUUCCGAAGCGUGCGAUUUCAGAGGGAUGGAAGCGUGGCUGGAACGACGUUUUAGAACAUUGAUAAAUCGUUUUUAAAAAUUCAAAGCAGUUUAAAAAUACAAACAGCAAAGUUUUACCAAGCAGUGUGUUCACAAGCAGAGCACCACGUUAGCAAAGAGAUGCCAUUUAUUCAUCUUCUGUUUUUACAGUGGCGACUAGUUGACCUGAUUUUAACGUCUGAUUUUAACCUCGACUGUUUGAAUUCACUGUCGUUCUGCCCCUGGGAUCCCUUUAUGAGUCUCAGAGCCCCCCCCCCCAGGCUGGUUUAUGCUGCGCUCUUGUUUUUGACAGGUAUGCAGUUUCUCACGCCUCUGAUCUGAAAGCAGAGCCUGGUCUGUCUUUCCUUUUUGAAUUGAUUGUUUUAAUUGAGGCUGAUUGUGAUGUCCUCAAUGGUAGUGCGUGAUUGAUUCUGUUAGACACACCAGCACAAAAAGUCUUAUCCUAUUUCAGAAACCUGGGGGGGGGGGGGGGGGAGCUGGGUACCGCCCACGAAGCACCACCGGAUUGGUCAAGUCAGGAGCCGUGGGAGGGGCCCAUGCAAACAAAAAACAAAAAAAAACGUUUCAUUGUCUUGACAGCCUCUGACCUUCGCGUGACCCCCCCUCCAUUCCAUCCCCGCAAUUCCAGAACUUUCAAAAGCGUUCCAUUGUUUAUGUGUAAUAGAUUAUUAUAAAUUAUAUCUAAAUAUCAAUGUACAUAUAUAUAUAUAUUUAUAAUUAGUAGUAUUGUACCUGUGUUUGUUUUCUGCUGUUGAUUUGAAUGUACACUGUUUUAUAAACUCUACCCUUACAGGAACGUCUCAAUAGUGACUUGACCAGCAGGGGUUGGGGUUAGGGCACAGUUCAGUGUCACUGUGCAUCAUAGUCCCUUGACUUGACCAGCAGGGGUUGGGGUUGGGGGCACAGUUCAGUGUCACUGUGCAUCAUAGUCCCUUGACUUGACCAGCAGGGGUUGGGGUUGGGGGCACAGUUCAGUGUCACUGUGCAUCAUAGUCCCUUGACUUGACCAGCAGGGGUUGGGGGCACAGUUCAGUGUCACUGUGCAUCAUAGUCCCUUGACUUGACCAGCAGGGGUUGGGGUUGGGGGCACAGUUCAGUGUCACUGUGCAUCAUAGUCCCUUGCUACCCUCACUGUGCCCCCGGUCUACCUGUGUACUCGUCAAGUGACUUUUGAACCUGUGCUACAGUCAUUCUGCCACCACAAGCACUUCUAAAACAAUCAAGGUUUUUAGCCAAAGGGCAAUUUGUAGCCAGCUGGCAAACUACUUACCAGGGUGAAAGCUGUAAGAAGCUAAGUCAAGGUGUUCAGUGCACUGAAGCCACUGCUCACUACAAACCCCAAACGCCUGUCUGUACCUUGAGAAUUCGUACAGAAUUUUUGAAGUUCUGGUCCAGUUUACCAGAGUGACUGUACCACGCAUACCUGCAGGGGGCAGUGCAGUGUAGACACUGGACCAUUGCGACGGGGCGAUGCAGUCUGAAGAGUGAGUCGCUCCAAUGGGUGAAGGAAGAAGCACAAGGUGUGUGUGUGUGUGUGUGUGCGUGCGUGCGUGUGAGUGUGUGUGCGUGCGUGUGCGUGGAUUCCCAGGGUAUUUUACAUUAGCACAACUAUCCCACAGACUUCUUUCAUUGUCAUAAAGACUCUAUGCUGUGUAAAUGCAUGUAGUGUGUGUGUGUGCCUGUGUGUAUUUGUGAGUGAUGGUAAAAUGAUACUUCUCAGCACAAGGUGUUACUCUGCUGUGAAGCGGAGCAGUGUCUGUGGGCUUGUCUUUGUAUCCACUGGGAGAGUGUGCUGAGCAUUGACACGCACACGCGUGUGCACAGAGAAAGCACACGCAAGCACAUACAGUCCAGCAUCCAGGCCUCGAUUGGGAUGUGUAAUGAGAUGUGUAUAGAUCUAAUAAUGCUAGUGAUUAUAUAGUAAUUAGCACUGUGUGUAGUACUGCUGGUAUUAGCAAAUCCCAAAGCUGUUUAUUGAUCUGCACAUAGUCGUGUAUUGCAGUAGAAUGUGAAACGCACAGAUUGAAUGUUGUGUUUUGUUUUUUUUAAGAACUUUAACGUUGCUUCCCAGUUUUGGGACUCGUUCAGCACACUGUAACCCAGCAAUGUGACCGAGGAAAGGGAAGCGAAGGGAUAUUCUGAAGUCGAGCGCAAACCUCUCUCUUUUUUCUUUUGUUUCUUCGGAGGUGUCAGUUUGAGAAGGAGCGUUGUGUGCACAGUGAAGUUUUGAUUUGCUAAAGCCCUGAUCAGCCAGGCUGCUGCGUACACAAUCGCAGAGCUUGUAACUUUUCAUGUGUUAGGGUCUCUUAGAAAAGUUCACGACCGUCUCUUUGCAGUUUUUUUUCCCAUGCUAAUACUAUGCAUUCACCAUAAACACGGCUUGUGUCAUCACCACUUAGAAACGUUUCCCUCAGUGUAAGCAGUGACAGCAUGGCAAAGCACAGGCAAGCAUUCGAACAUAGGAACGUUUACUAACGAGAGAACGCCCAUCAAUGCUUGACGGAUCUCAAAACUUUGUCAAGUCGGGUUUUAAAGGACUCCAGUGAUUCAGCAUCAACAGCAUGACUAGGUAACCCAUUCCAUCCCCUCACCACUCUCUGUGUGAAGAAGAGUCUCCUUCAGCAACAUGACUAGGUAACCCAUCCCAUCCCCUCACCACUCUCUGUGUGAAGAAGAGUCUCCUUCAGCAACAUGACUAGGUAACCCAUUCCAUCCCCUCACCACUCUCUGUGUGAAGAAGAGUCUCCUUCAACAACAUGACUAGGUAACCCAUUCCAUCCCCUCACCACUCUUUGUGUGAAGAAGAGUCUCCUUCAGCAACAUGACUAGGUAACCCAUUCCAUCCCCUCAGCACCGUGUGAAGAAGAGUCUCCUUCAACAACAUGACUAGGUAACCCAUUCCAUCCCCUCACCACUCUCUGUGUGAAGAAGAGUCUCCUUCAGCAACAUGACUAGGUAACCCAUCCCAUCCCCUCACCACUCUCUGUGUGAAGAAGAGUCUCCUUCAGCAACAUGACUAGGUAACCCAUUCCAUCCCCUCACCACUCUCUGUGUGAAGAAGAGUCUCCUUCAACAACAUGACUAGGUAACCCAUUCCAUCCCCUCACCACUCUCUGUGUGAAGAAGAGUCUCCUUCAACAACAUGACUAGGUAACCCAUUCCAUCCCCUCACCACUCUCUGUGUGAAGAAGAGUCUCCUUCAACAACAUGACUAGGUAACCCAUCCCAUCCCCUCACCACUCUCUGUGUGAAGAAGAGUCUCCUUCAACAACAUGACUAGGUAACCCAUUCCAUCCCCUCACCACUCUCUGUGUGAAGAAGAGUCUCCUUCCCUCUGUCCUAGAGAGGUCUGGUAAACCAAACAGAACAUAACAUGGCAAACCAGGAUGAACUGUGGUGAAUGCAAAGCACAACCGUGGGGGAAAGCAUGGGGGGAAUACUGCAAAAUGACGUGCAGAUUUACUGUGGUGAACUUUCAUCAGGGGCAGCUCUGCUGUGUAACUACACCCUGCACCUCCAUCAUGUACACUGCUGCCCCAACUCAUUCCUGUCUCUAUAAUGCUGUCAUCAUACCUCUUAUUGAUUAUUGAGUAUUGAUUGGUAGUAUGUGAUGUUGUGUUGCCCACGACCUGAUUCUAAUCACAAGGCGGGCGCUUCUCCUGUCUGUUCAUACCAGUGUGGCGCUCCCUAGCUGCUCUUGUGUCACGCGUGUUAUUACUGUGUAAUCGGGGGUUAUCUCUCUGACUUUACAAUAAACGUGUGAAUUAUGAACACCA